AUGGAAGAGGCUAUUGUGUCCUUAGUUGUUGAAAGAAUUUCAGAUUUACUCAUCCAUGAAGCUGUUUUCCUCAAAGAUGUCAAAGAUCAAGUUGAGAGCCUAAGGGCUGAACUGAAGCGAAUAUGCGCUUUCCAGAAUCGGGUGUCGGAAAUCAGAGAUCUUGCUUAUGAUGCUGAAGAUGUCAUCGACUAUUUUAUUCUUAAAGCAGCAUAUCAACGAGGUUCUCAUGGGAUUGUCAAGAGAUUCACCUCCACUUUCACCAAACCUUAUCAUCUGCACAAAAUCGGGGUGCAGGUCAAAGCAAUCAAGACCAAGCUCCAAAACAUUUCCAAGAAUCUUCCAGCUUUUGAGAUACCCGGUGAUGGAGAAGGCUCUAGCUCAAUUUUCAAGGUGCAGCAACGAUUAGGAAGGGCAUACUCACAUGUCGAGGAAGAGGACGUUGUUAGCUUGGAGGUUAGCACCAAGGAUGUCAUGACCAAAUUGAUGACAGAAGAAGAUAGAUCCCACGCCGUAGUUUCCAUAGUCGGCAUGGGGGGCCUCGGUAAGACUACUCUUGCCAGAAAAGUAUAUAAUCAUGUUGAUGUGAGACGCCAUUUUGAUUUCUUGGCUUGGUUUUCUAUCUCUCAACAAUGUAAGCGGAGAGAAGUUUUGCUUAGUGUCUUGAAGAAAGUUCUCUCUCCUUCUAACGAUGAAAGAGAGAAAAUUGAGAAAAUGGACGAAAUUGAGCUGACGAGAACGCUUUUUGAUGCUUUGAAAGAAAAGCGGUAUUUGGUGGUCCUCGAUGAUAUUUGGAGAAGCGAGGAUUGUGAUAUUCUUAAACCUGCUUUUCCACGAGGAAGAAAGGGAAGCAAAAUAUUGUUCACAACACGAAUAAAAAAUGUGGCUUCACGUGCCGAUCCUUGGAGCACUCCCAUGGAGCUCCCACUUCUUACAGAUGAUGAAAGUUGGAAUCUUUUGUGUAAGAAAGCAUUCCCACGGAGCAAAAUGGGUUCUCAAUGCUGCUCAGAAGAAUUUGUGAAGCUUGGAAAAGAGAUGGUGAAAAAAUGUGGAGGUCUGCCUUUAGCAAUUGUUGUGUUGGGAGGCUUGCUAGCAACAGAACAGUCAUUGGCUCAAUGGGAGAGGGUUCACAAAAACAUCCGUGGACACUUAAAUGAGCUCUCACACCAAGAUCGUAAAUAUGGUGCAGUGAACAGAAUUUUGGUUUCAAGCUACAAUGCCUUGCCUUAUCCUUUAAAACCAUGCUUUUUGUAUCUUAGUCAUUAUCCAGAAGAUUGGGAGAUACCGAAAAAAGAACUCAUUCGUUUAUGGAUCGCUGAAGGUUUCAUUCCGGAAAACAAAGAAUUCUUGAUGGAGGAUUUAGGCGAAAAAUUCCUAGAAGAGCUUAUAGAUAGGAGCUUGGUUCAAGUUAGCAGGCGAGACUAUACAGGAACAAAUGUGGAGACAUGUCGAAUGCAUGAUCUCUUGAGAGACUUGUGCAUGAAGAAAGCAAGAGAGGAGAAGUUCGUGGAAAUUAUUCAACAACCGCUGCAUGAACUUGAAGUGACAUUGGCAGAAUCUAUGCUACGAAGAAUUUCUAUUCAUCCUAGUAAAUCGAAAGUUUAUUUGAAGGGAGAGCAUCCAAAAUUACGUUCUUUGUUGUUUUCUCAGAAUGAGAAAUUGAUAGAAUUAUGCAUUUCAAAAUACAAAAGCUUCAAAUUUUUAAGGGUGUUGACUCUUGCAAAAAGGGGCAACUACAAUAAGUGGUGGCAUGUGUCGACUGAAAUUGGUAAUCUCCGACAUUUGAGAUACUUGAAGUUAUACUACAAUAACAAAUUAAUUUUGCCGCGAUCUAUUGGCAGGUUAAAGAGUCUGUACAUUUUAUACAUCAAGUUUUGUUAUGACAUUGUAAUUCCAGAUGGAGUAUUUAAGUUGGAACGUUUAAGGCAUAUUGUAAUAAAAGUGGAUGAGAUAAACCCCGAAUGUGGAUUUCGUUUGCGGCAAGGGUUCACUUCAAAAAAUAUUGAAACUUUGAAGUUCAUAGUGGUGGAUGACAAGCCGGUUGAAAAUAAUGCGGUGCUUAGGUGCACUAAUAUUCAGAGUUUAGAAAUAGUAUUUACCAGAGCAAAAUAUGUGAAGCCUACCCUAAUCUUGCUAACCAAAUUGCAACGCCUUGGGUCAGUGUCCUUAAGAUUUUUUGAUGUCUCACACCCAGACUUGGAACCCCUUUCUCAAUAUUAUCACCUCUCCAAACUGAAAUUAUGGGGGCAGAUAGAAGAUGAGCCAAAUCCGAGCGGUCAUGUUUUGAAAUUUCUUUCAUCAAAUAUUGUCAAAUUAACUUUAGUUGACUGUAAGCUGAGCCAAGAUCCAAUGGCCGUAUUAGAAAAGCUAUGUCAUUUGAGGAUUCUCCAUUUGAAAGAAGCAUAUAUUGGGAGUAAAAUGGUGUGCUCUGCAAAUGGAUUUCCUAAACUUGAUUAUCUUAGAAUGUUUCUUUUAACUGAGUUGAAGGAGUGGAAAAUAGAAGAAAGUGCAAUGCCAUGCCUUUGAGAA